CAGUGUGCUGCAACAUCCGAACUUAGGCAGGUUUUAGCACCUUACUGGGUGGAGAAGCUCUCAGCUCAGGAACUACAGGUGACAGAGUCACUGCAUGCUGUGACCUCCCUGUGCUGCAGUCUAAUCUACAGUUCACUCUAUAACCUGCUCUCCAUCUCAACACUGCAGCGGCUCACAGCAACCUGCCUCGUCCUCCACUGAGGUGAAGAGUAUGCAAAGUGUUGUGCAGAGGACGCCAAAUCGCUACUGAUCAUCAAGGAAGGAAAACAGUAAACUUGAGUGCAACCUCCAAGAGGAUCCAAAGCAAAUUCUACAGUCAGGAGAGGAGCCAGUCAUGAGCAGCUCUGACAGGCAUCUGUACAUGGAGAUCCCAGGAUUCUCCCACAGCCAUGUUACUCCAUGGGCUGCUGAUGAACCUGCCAAGAUGUUCCCUGCCUUUCCCAGCAUGCCAGACUACCUCUCCCGCUUUGACAUGGUGCUGGCCGAGGACACGGCCUGGCUUGUGAGAAAGACAGAGAUUUCCAUGCCCCUCACAAGAGACGAAGAGGUGACCCACUGCAAGGAGGCCGGACAGUGCCCAGUGAUUGACAGUGCGGGACGGGGUCUGUUUCCAGGGCUGACUGGACAGGUGGAUGUGGAGGACAAGUGUCUGGAGCAGGUGCAGACUCUAGUGUUGGAAGAAGUGCUGAAGGACAUUGAGACAGCAUGCAAACUGCUCAACAUCACUCCAGACCCUGCAGACUGGAGUUCAGGGCAUGUUCAAAAGUGGUUACUCUGGACCGAACACCUGUACAGGCUCCCGCCGGUGGGACGGGCCUUCCAAGACCUCCGUGGCGGUGACCUGUGCAUGAUGAGCGAGGACGAUUUCAGGCAGCGAGCCUCACAGUGCGGGGAUGUACUGCAUGCCCACCUAGACAUUUGGAAAUCAGCUGCCUGGAUGAAAGAGCGCUGUUCCCCUGAAAACAACAGUUUUCUUGGAACAGAUGAAGUAUGUGGCGAAGCAGACUCAUCCUGCACCGCACAGCCCAUCCACCUGUGGCAGUUUCUCCGGGAGCUGCUCCUCAAACCCCACAACUAUGGACGCUGCAUCCGCUGGCUCAACAAAGAGAAGGGUAUCUUCAAAAUUGAAGACUCAGCUCAUGUGGCCAAACUGUGGGGGAUCAGGAAAAACCGUCCGGCAAUGAACUACGAUAAACUGAGCCGCUCCAUUCGGCAGUACUACAAGAAGGGCAUCAUUAAAAAACCAGACGUGUCUCAGCGACUGGUCUAUCAGUUUGUUAAUCCAGUAUGA